AUGGGCUGACUUGUUUGUUGUCGAGCAAGAUGGAGUUCCUUUUGGGAAAUCCUUACAGUACCCCAGUGGGGCAUUGCAUUGAGAGAGCCACCGAUGGCUCUCUGCAAAAUGAGGACUGGACUCUUAACAUGGAAAUAUGUGACCUAAUCAAUGAAACAGAGGAUGGGCCAAAGGAUGCGAUUAGAGCAGUGAAGAAGAGGCUGAAUGGCAACAGGAACUAUAGGGAAGUGAUGUUGACUUUAACGGUCCUGGAGACGGGUGUGAAGAACUGCGGCCAUCGUUUCCAUGUUAUGGUCACUAGCAGGGACUUUGUUGAUGGCGUGCUCGUUAAAAUCAUCUCCCCUAAAAACAACCCGCCCACAAUCGUUCAAGACAAAGUACUUGCCCUGAUUCAGGCAUGGGCUGAUGCGUUCAGGAGCAGUCCGGACCUCACGGGUGUGGUCCAGGUCUAUGAGGAGCUAAAGAGGAAAGGCAUCGAGUUCCCCAUGUCGGAGCUGGAGACCCUGUCACCUAUACACACACCUCAGCGGUUGGCUUCUGCUCCAGAGGGCGAGUCCACCCUACAUCAGUUCAGCACCCCUCCUCAGCCCACACCACAGGCUGUCCCACCAGCCUACACCGCCCCUCAGGUCCCCAACAUUCUCGCCUCUGGAUCCGUCAAUCCUACACCUGAACAGAUUUGCCGGCUGCGCAGUGAGCUGGACGUUGUUCGUGGAAACACUAAAGUGAUGUCGGAGAUGUUGACCGAGAUGGUCCCAGGACAGGAGGAUGCUUCAGACUAUGAGUUGCUACAGGAGCUGAACAGGACUUGUAGAGCCAUGCAGCAGAGGAUAGUGGAGCUCAUCUCCUGUGUUGCCAAUGAGACAGUGACUGAGGAGCUGCUCCAUGUCAACGAUGACCUCAAUAAUAUUUUCCUACGCUACGAAAGGUAUGAGAGGUUUAGGUCUGGGAGGUCCUCAGCUCACAGUGCCAACAAUGGGCUGAGACAGGUCUUGAGCGAGGCUACGGAGGACAACCUCAUAGACCUCGGCCCAGGCUCCCCAGCAGUGGUCAGCAACAUGCAGAACGCAGCCGCCCCGUCCAGCUUGCCUCCCACCAUCACAGCCCACGCAGCAAGGCCCUCCUCCCCGGCCACCUUGGCCUCCCGCCUGGCCGGCCUUGACGUGGGCGCUGACAGUGUGAGCAGUACUUUGAGCUCUCUGUCAAGCUGUAAGCCUCCUCUUGGCCAGGAUGACUUUGAUGUGUUUGCUCAGACCAGGACUGGAGCUCUGCCUGAAACACGCAAUACCGCGACAGCAGAAGACAGCAACGCCUCUGAAAGCCUUCCUCCCACUCUGGACGUCCAGCAGCCGACUGCAGGAGCGAGUGUCGGAGGCCAGUCCUCUGUCAUGGAUGACAUAGAGGAGUGGCUGUGUACUGAUGUGAAGGGGGAUGAAGGUGAAGACGGUGUGACAAGUGAAGAGUUCGACAAGUUCCUCGAGGAGAGAGCCAAAGCUGCAGAGAUUGUCCCCAGCUUACCGUCGCCCCCCAGUGGCGAGCCGGGUGCAGCGCAGGGAACCCCCAACCGCAAGAAGCCGGACAGGCCGGAGGAUGCUUUGUUCGCCAUGUAGACCUGGACCUUCUACCUUUCUGACCUCUGAUUUCCCCCCCCCAGCCUAAGACCCAAACCAGCCGAGCAGCAUCACCCGAGGACAGACUGACCCGACACUAAAAUACACCCGCCGCCGUUAGGAUUCAACACUUCUUCAUUACACUACAGAUUUGGAAAUGCUCUCCUUUAUAAAAAGGGAAUCAUUCAUGCGCUCUGUUCAUUUCUCACAAGAAAGGGAAAACCAAGAGAAUGGCCUGUUUUGAUGGUGCCACCAGACGAUGGAUCUCACCCACAUGAUGACCGGUGUCAGAGACUACAAGGCAGCAGCCUGCUUCCUCCUUCUUCUUCAUGUGUGAGGAAUCUCCCUCCACCUGUUGUGGACUGCAGAGCUUCAUGUUGCAGCUAAUCCUCAAAAAAAAAAAGAGAGUUUUGUAAAAGAGAGUUUGGCUGUCCUUGUCAUUAUUAGUAGGGAAUCAAUUUCUUACCCAGAGCCCUGAAAGCAUGCAUUAACACCACCAUCCUUCAUCAUGUAAGUUUUUACUACGAGCAGAAACCCCCGACAGAAACAUUACGGUUGUUAUUGCGGCGGAAGUGCCCAUCACAUCGCAGUACUGCACUGCACGUCAGUCCCAGUUGAAUUGUAAAUGUGUAAAUGACAAAAGUCCAGUUUAUUAGUUGUGUGUAUAUUUAAGCUACAGAGAAAGAGGUGUUGAUUUAAUGUAGAUUGUUUUUUGAAAAGGCUUUAUCCUCCAGCUGCUUUGACAAUAGGGAUGUACCUCACUGGGGUCAGCUUUCACAAAGAAAGGGAAUCUAUACAUCUGAUCAUCUACAAAAACUCAUUUAAACGGAAGAAGAAGAAGGGAAGAUAGUUUUUGUGAUUGGCAUAAUUGCGCACAACGCCAACAAAUGCGUCCUUUUACCCUCUAAAUCACAUGUUGUAUAUUUUUCUUUGACAAACGUAACCACCGCUGUUGUUGAGAUUAUUUUUGCUGAGAUUUUAUUCACCUACACCUGCCGUCUGAAUUUUUUGCAGGUAGUUAAUUGCAUUUGCUGUGUAAUUAUCCCUUUUAUGUAAUCAUGUAAUCUUCUUUUGACUGAGCACAGAUGCUCGGUGUCAUGAAUUUCCACGGGUUGAGUUCACAGGAGCGGUCUUGUUGUUGUGAACGGAAUCCCAGAAGCUGCAGAGACACACGCUGUCAUCGGUGGGUUUUUACUCACUGACUCUUAGGUUUUAACGCCCCCUUUUGAGUAGAUUGUGUUCUGUAUGAUUUCAGACCAAAAUUGUGCUUUUCUUCUGGAUGUGGGAGGAAGUUUCUUGGAUAAUUUGGGUUGCCGGUACAUAAUCCUGUCUUUUGAUUUAGAAUUCACAGCUUAAUAUCCAGGGAUGUAAUGAGGAGGCGAUAUCACACCACAAAAAGCUGUUCUAUUUCUGUGUUUUCUCCCUCGUUUCUUUAUGCUGACAUCUUAAAAGGCCUGACCUUUCAACAUGACAUUUGUUUUCAGGGAAUGAGCCGGCUGCAGACACCGUGCUACAAAAUGAGACAUUUUCCCUCUUUCGAUGCUAACACAUGCAACAUGUUACACAAUCCCCACGAGCUUAAAACAAGCGUGCACCUUGACAGCCGCGUUACCGUUCGACCUGUACUGUAAAUCAGCUGACACUUAACCCCAGAUGUAAUUAAAUGAGAACUGUUUGGAAAUAUUUGAGCUGAAGUGUAGAAAUAAUUUAUUCAGAACUAUUUUUUUUCCCAUCUUCAGAUCAGUAUUUUAAAUCGCUUUAUUGUGCAAAAGAAAAAUGGGAAAUGUAGAAGGGACAGAAUGAGGAGUUGUCAUAACGGUGUGUGUUUGUGUGUUUUUGUUGAUGAAGUUCAGAUUUUCCUUUUUAUACAUUGCUGCUAGCUAAUGUAUUUCGUGUUUUAUGGUUGUAUUGGUUAUGUGGAUAUUCUUGGUUGAAUAUGUCCGUACAGUAAAAAUAUGGACAUAAAAUGAAGAGCGGCCCAUCACUGACUCACAGCUGCAAGAGAACCAGUUCUCCCAUUUAUCUCAUGAAGGAGACGUAUUUAAAUAGUUUCACUCUGACGUGUGCGCACAUGACGAAAUGGAUUAAGUUGGACACUUUCGACAAAGCAUCAACAUUGCACAUUUUGAAAGGGAAACCUCUCCUCCUGUUUCCUUGUUUUGGUGUUCAGAGUGUGUGUGUAUGUGUGUGUGUGUGUGUGUCUCUCUCUCUCAGCUGUUCUGUAACGCAGAAAUCUUUUUAUCUCAGUUGAUUGAAGAAGAAAAAAAAAAAAAAGAAGCUUACAAAUGUGUUUUAAAGAAUACAUGUUGUUACUAUCCUGUUUGAUACCGCCCAGGAUCAAGCUGCUUUAUAUCAGUGUGAGCUCCGUCAGUGGUUUGUAACUGAAUCUCAGCGUACCCCAGACUUUGCCAGUCAUCUCUGUUCUGCAGAGGAACAACGUGUUUCUUUGUAUGUCACUGGAUGAUGUGAACAGAGAUGCCGAUAAGCGAGGCUGUGCUUUGUGAGACUGCUUCUGUCCUGAGUUGCCUCAUCUCCCAUUUCUCUUUGUGUUGUUUGACUUAUGCAUGAACUCUAAUAAAACAUUAGCAGUGUGUCCGCA